AUGUGGAGGGUCUCCACCGUUGUUUCCCAGACCCACGUGAGCGCUUCGGAUGGCGGGGACACCCCUGUGGUGGUGCGGUGGUUUUCCUUCUCCACCCACUGCUCUGCGGGUAAGGGUCUCUGAAUUUCUGUUGAUCGUGGGGUCAAAGUCCUUCUGAGAGCUAGUUGCGGCUUUGCAGCGCCGCAGGUGGAUGAUGUGCUGAUAGGCCCUCUUUGCUCCUUCUGCUGUGGGCCGGGUAUUGGCCCGUCGAGUGUGAUUCUUUUUUGCUUUAUGCAGCGGCGGGCUGUGGAGUGUGGCUCUCCGAUGCUGACGACGCUCAGGUUGACGACGUCGGGUAUGCGACGUGCAGCCUUGAGGUCUGGGUUGAGCUCCCCUCACCUCCUGCCGCUGUGGUUGCUCGGGUCUGUGUUAUGUCUCAACAUCUCAUCCAGAAGUGGUCGAAGGCCGCCGCUAUGUUGUCCUC